AUGACAUUAUCAUUUAAUCCAAGACCCGGUAUCAAGAGAUUCGGGAAGAAAAAUAAGUUGUCUCCUCGUUAUAUUGGACCUUUUGAGAUUCUUGAAAGGGUUGGUGAAGUCGCAUAUCGCCUAGCUUUGCCACCACAGUUAGCGGAUGUGCACAACGUGUUCCAUGUAUCUAUGCUACGGAGAUACAACGCAGACCCAUCACAUGUUAUUGAGUGGAGAGACUUGCAGCUGAACGACGAUACAAGUUACGUUGAAAAACCAUUAUGGAUUGCUGGUACAAGGGAGCAUGUUCUCCGGACGAAAACAAUUAAGAUGGUGAAAGUGAUAUGGCAACAUCAGCCUCUUGAAGAAGCUACUUGGGAGCUCGAGUCCGACGUGAGAGACAAGUAUCCGGAGCUACUUUAA